GGUUGCUGAUGCUAGACUAGUUCACAUACAUACAUCUUGUUUGUGUACAUGAUCCUAUGUUUAUAUUUAGAUGCUUGGCAAAAAUUUUCUAAAAUUAUUUUAAUUUAAUUUUUGUUAUUUUUUAGUGCAAAAUGGCAAACAAAAUGCUUAAUAGUACAAAACCAGUUAAAAUGUGGAUCGAUGGCAAGAUUUUUCAAAUCCGAUCGCUAAACAACAGGGUAAACAGCACAAAAAAGAAACGCCAACGAGACCAAAUUUUUGAAAGCCAAAAAUUAGAAAUCGAAGAUAAUUUCGAGCACCUAAACCAUUUGGAUAUUAGAGAAACUGCUGGUAAAUUCAUUACGAACAUGAAACUGCCUAUGCAAUACUACACAAAAAUAUCAAAGCUUAAUUUUGACUUUCAUCCUAAAACCGAACUAGUUUUGCCAGAUAACACUGAAACUCAAUGCUUAACAAUACAAAGUGACUCCAAAAACAAAUUAUUGCAUGCUGUAACCCAUGUACAUAGUGCCAUAAGUGAAAUACGAAUUCGUCAUCCUCCAAUGCACUUUACAUGUAUACCUUGCAUCAGCACAAACAUUUUGGAGAGAUUUGAGAGCCUUAAGAAGGAAAUUCUAACUUUAGAAGGGAAAAUUGAGGACUUACAUGAAAGUAUUUUUAUUAGUCCCUUAAAACUGCAUGUGACAAUAGAUGUGUAUGCAUUAUUGGAUGAACAUGAAAAGGCUGAGGCUGUCAAGGCACUGCACGAGUAUGUGUUUAAGUUCUUAGAUAAUACUAAACCUCCAAAGCUUAAAAUACAAACUCUAGAAUGUAUGGGCAAAAAUGUUAAAAAAACUGAUGUGAUUUAUGCCAAGGUGAACUUAGUUAAUGAAUCAGAUGAGCAUGACUUACAAAAGAUUGUCAAUGACAUAUCAGAUCAUUUUUAUCACAGAGGUUUGGCUAGAAAGCACCAGGAAAAUGUCAAAAUUCACAUGACUAUUAUCAAUACAAAAUACAGGAAAAAUGUAGAAGGGCCCAAAAGUAAGCGAAGGAGGCAAAGCAUUGAUGCUACUAAAAUUUUGGAACUGUUUAAACACUAUGACUUUGGAGAGUGUGAUUUUGAUAGUAUACACUUGUCUAAUAUGACCUUAAAAGGCGAAGAUGGAUUUUAUAAACCAUUGGCUGUGAUAAAAGUUGAUAAUUUGGCUAAUUGCAAUAAUAGUAGCAAGGAAAAUAAAAAUAUAUAGAAUAUUGAA